AUGUUUCUUGAUUUGCUCCUAUUGGUGAUCAAGCACCAGUUAAGAAGAUUCGAGCUUAAGCAUCAAGCUCGAAAGGAUGGAUCUUCUCCGGAGUAUUUGAGAGCAAUUACCUUCAUUGCAAACUCGAAAAAUGUUGAUCUUCGAGGGUUAAGAUCGAUGAUAUUGCUGGCUAAAGGUGAGGCUAACCAGAAUAAUGAGCUUAUGAUUUUUGAUUUAAUUAAUUUCAAUAUAGCCAUAAUCUUCUCAUUUUUUCUCAGGUUAUGGUUAAUAAAUGGCGUUAAAACUCAAUUAGUUCCAGCAGUUUUUCUUUUUGGAGAUUCAGUACUCGAUGUUGGCAACAAUAACAAUUUACCAACUGUUAUCAAAUCCAAUUUUCUUCCUUACGGAAGGGACUUUACCAACCACACCCCAACCGGUCGAUUUUCUAAUGGAAAAUUAGCCAUUGAUUACUUAGUUGACACUCUCGCAUUCGAAUCUUAUCCAUCUGCUUAUCUAAACACAAAUGCCACAGAUAAGAAUCUUUUGAUUGGAGCAAACUUUGCUUCAGCUGCUUCAGGAUAUGAUGAUUCUACAGCUGACUUAUAUCUUACAGUUUCAUUAACGAAGCAGUUGGAAAAUUAUGGAGAGUACCAAAGGAGAGUAGUAGGAAUGGUGGGUGAAGAAAAAGCUUCGUCGAUAUUUUCAGGUGGUCUUUACGUAAUCAGCGCUGGAACAAGUGACUUUCUUCAAAACUAUCAUAUUAGUCCCACUCUUCAGGCUACCUAUCCAACAGCUGAGCAAUAUUUUGUUCCUCUUCUAAAAAAAUAUGCACAAUUUGUUGAGAAUUUGUAUUCGAUGGGAGCAAGAAAGAUUGGAGUAACUUCAUUGCCACCACUAGGGUGCUUGCCAGGAUCCAUGACAUUAUUUGGUUUUGGAAAUGACCAAUGUGUGGAAAAACUCAAUUAUGAAGCUCUUUCGUUUAAUAAAAGAUUAAACUCAACUUCUCAAACCCUACGAAAUAGAUUAUCCACCUUAAACUUGGUUGUCUUAGACAUCUACCAACCUCUCUACAAUCUUAUCAAAAAUCCUAAAGAACAUGGAUUUAAAGAGACAGAGAAGGGUUGUUGUGGAACAGGGUUGGUAGAAUCGUCAAUUCUAUGCAAUAAAUUGUCGAUUGGAACGUGUUCGAAUGCAUCUGAUUAUGUGUUUUGGGACUCUUUUCAUCCUUCAGAGGCUGCCAACAAUAUACUUGCUAAUGAUAUGAUCACUGCUGGCACUUCCCUCGUCUUCUAA